AUGGCCCAGCAGAUUGACCGGGUACAGCGGGUGCUCAAGGACGUGGAGGGGACGGCCGUGUCCAGGAUUGUGGUGCGCCAGGGGGUUAAGGAUCUAGACGAGGAGGGCGGUGAGGCGGCGGCGGGCGGCAAGGAGCCCCACCGAGCGGAGGAGGAGGCGGCUCCCGUGGUCAAGGAGAACUGGGUCAAGGUAGCCGCCAUGGCGACUGGUCGGUUCGUUCCUCAGAAACCGGAAGAGAAGAAGCCUGUCACCAAGAACACACCGCAUGGGUACUUCAGGGCACCAGCCUAG